GGACGGAGCCCAGUUUCUCAAGAAGAGUCAUUCAUUGUUCAUGCUUUUGUAGCUUAGGGACUUGCCAGGGACUAUUUUGCGUAUAAAAUGGAAACCCAUGAUGACAAAGAUGAGAUUCAUGAUUGUGUGAUUAAGCUGAGAGAAAAUCCCCCAAAACGAAGGGAGAAGGUGUACAUUGGCUGUGGAGCUGGUUUUGGAGGUGAUAGGCCCUUGGCAGCUCUUAAGUUGCUUCAGAGAGUGAAACAGCUGAAUUAUCUUGUACUUGAAUGCCUAGCGGAGCGCACCCUUGCUGAUCGAUAUCAGGUUAUGGUGUCAGGUGGCGAUGGUUUUGAUUCGCGGAUUUCGGAUUGGAUGCGCUUGCUUCUACCUUUAGCUGUGGCGAGAGGAACUUGCAUAAUCACCAACAUGGGUGCAAUGGAUCCAUCUGGUGCGCAGAAGAAGGUUAUAGAAAUAGCAAACAGCCUGGGACUUAAUAUAGCUGUUGGUGUGGCUCAUGAGGUUUCUAUCAGUAACACAGGUUUAGGAUCCUCUCAUGAGAAAUCCUACAUCAAGGAAGGCGGUAUUAGCACAUAUCUUGGAGCUGCUCCCAUAGUCGAAUGUCUGGAAAAGCAUCAACCUGACGUUGUGAUAACUUCUCGCGUCACAGAUGCUGCCUUAUUUUUGGCACCAAUGGUAUUGAAAUUUGUGAAUCCUCAACUCUAA